AAAACAAAAAUAUCUUCUUUUUCGAUCUCCUCCCACCACAACUCAAACAUAUUUCCGUAAAAUUUCAUACUCCGUUUUUUAAAUUUCUUUUUUUAUAUUUUCAGUUAUUAAUUUCUUUUGAGUCGACUUUUCGGUUUUUUUUUUUUUUUUUAAAUUUCCAAACCCUAAAAAAUUCUCGCCGCUUCAUUCGUCUUCUUCGGCGCCCCCGAUUCCGAAAACGCGAAUCGGAACCCUGGUUCGCGCUAGAUCUGCGAAGAGGGGGAGCGCGAGGGAUCGGAAACCCUAGCAUGGGUUUUUCGAUUUGAUCCCUGAAUCCUCAUCCUCUUCCUCCUCUUCGUCGUCGUCGUCGUCGAAAUUGCUCCUUUGAAUCGGCGAUCAAAAGGAGAAAAAAAAAAAAAGAGGAGGAAAAAUGGUGUUUUGGGAAGGGUACGUGAGCGACGAGACGAUGGGGACCUUCGCCCCGAUCGUGGUGUAUUGGGUGUACGCUGGGGUGUACCAGCUCCUCCCACCGUUGGAUCGGUAUCGAUUGCACACGAGGAAGGAGGAGGAGCAGAAGAAUCUGGUGUCCUUAUCGUCCGUGAUCAAGGGAGUUCUCCUUCAACAGCUCGCGCAAGCGACAAUCGCCCAAUUGCUCUUCUUGGUAACUUCUGAUUCAAGUCCAACGGGCACCAUAGCCCAACUACCCGUUCUAAUCCAGCUGCUCCAAAUUAUCGUGGCGAUGUUCGUGAUGGACACAUGGCAGUAUUUCGUGCACCGAUACAUGCACCAGAAUAAGUUCCUAUACCGCCACAUCCACUCCCAGCACCACAGGCUGGUCGUCCCUUACGCGAUUGGCGCCCUCUACAACCACCCGUUGGAGGGUCUUCUUUUGGACACCUUCGGCGGUGUUAUCUCUUUCCUCGUGUCAGGAAUGACGGCUCGGACAGCUGUAUUCUUCUUCUGUUUUGCUGUCAUGAAGACUGUCGACGAUCACUGCGGCCUCUGGCUCCCCGGUAAUAUAUUCCACCUCUUCUUUCAGAAUAAUACUGCGUAUCACGACAUCCAUCAUCAGCUGCAAGGGUCGAAGUACAACUACUCGCAGCCGUUCUUUUCUAUUUGGGACAGAAUAUUGGGGACCCACAUGCCCUACAGCUUAGUCACCCGCAAAGAAGGGGGGUUAGAGGCGAGGCCACUGAAAGAGUAGCUUGAGCUCUUAUCCGUAUAUAGAUUACUCAGACUAUGAAGAGUUUUCAAAGGGUACCACUUCCGAGUCCGAGGAUUGAAAAUUUGGAUCAUCAACUCGUAAUCAACGGAGUGGAAGACGGUUCGAGUUAUGGCGAGAUAUUGGAGUGCUUAUUUUACUAGUUGCUUAUUCUCUGCUAUUCGGAGAAGUGCCUUUUAGGGCGCUUGUUGUUAACUGCUGCUCGUUUACGGUGUUUCCUUUGAUUCUAGAGGUUUUUGUUUUGCAAUGUAGAGUUUGGUCAUGCGCAGCCCGUGCAGAUUUAUGAACUGAACCUGGAUGUCGGCACUAAUGUCUGGUUUAUUUGCUGAGUAUGAUUUCAUCUGUUCUAAUGUACUUGUACGUAUUGCUUGCUGUAUAAAGUUACUUUCGCUUUAGUAUAAUAUUUGCGAUUGGUUA